AUGCCUCACAAACACAAGAAAUCCAAUGUCCUGAAGAACGACGCUCUAGGAAUAGAGAAAAAGGAGAAUCCUCCUGAGACACCCGCUAUCCUCCCUGCGACUAACUACAAAGAAAUCCGUGAAAACGAGACUGAUGCUUUGCGCUCAAUCUAUUCGACCGAUUUUGAAGAUGUAGAGGUUCGACAAGCAGCUUGGCAUCAAGCCUCUGAAGUAGCUUUCAAAUUGCAUCUGAGAGCGUCCUCGAACCCGGACGUGAGUGUUGUCCUGUUAGUUUCGCUGCCUGCGACAUAUCCCAAGACAAUCCCAAAUUUGACCGUCCAAGGCCUCGAUGACCUCCGGAAGGGCGCCAAAUCCAGGAUCAAGGAUGUCAUUGAUACGAAACCGAAAAAUCUUCUGGGUUCGGAAAUGAUCUACGAACUUGCGUUAUCCAUCCAGGAUAUUCUCGAAGAUGUCGCAAUAUCACAAGCCGAGGACAAAGAUAUGCCAAGCCUGGAGGAAGAGCGGAUUGUCCAGGAAGCCGCAGCAAUCCAACAAGCAGAAGAACAGAAGCAGGAAGAGCGGAGAAAGCAGGAACAAGCCACUGCUGAACAGGAGAAGGCUUUACAAACGCUAAUUGAGAGUAAAAUCAAACAGAGACAACGAGUGAAAGAACAAGUAUCGCGGCGGAGAAGCAAGGUGGCUCUCGAGCAUAAUGAGUCUUUUGAUUCAUCUGAAGAUAGUUCUGAUACUAUUUCUUUUGACCCACCGUUAGUAAUGAAUGACUAUGAUGAACGGCCCAUUACUUUCCAGGCCGUACUUGGGAAGACAUUGAUUGCCAGCGCUCCGCACAAGGCGACUUUCACAGUUCGGCCCGUUUCUCCAGGCAAUGGGACUCGUGUUCCACUUCUCGUCCUUAAAGAGCUAUUUAUUCGCGAAAAGGGCUCAGGACAUGACAUCCGACAGGAAAUUAGAGCGAGCGAGGACAAGCUUGAAAUCUUAAAGCGACUGAAACAUCCGAACCUAGUUGAUUUUAUCGGAUUCAAGAUAUAUCGUCCUCCCGAUCCCGAGGCGUUUCACGAAGGCACCUGGCAUAUUUAUACUUUGUUCGAGUAUGCUAACAAAGGAUCGCUAUCCGAACUUCUUGACAUGGUCGGUAGUUUGACUGCAGAUACCGCAAGGCCGUGGAUGAUACAGUUGCUUGAUGCCUUAGAGUACUACCAUCGUAACGGUAUUGUUCACGGCAACAUUCACUCCGGACGAGUGUUGUUGUUCAGAACCCAGUCCAAUAACACGGUACUCAAACUCUUGAGUGGUGUGGAGGAAGCACUUCCAGUGCCAUCUGGAGCCAAAAGAACCCUUACAUCCUCGCAGUCUCCGUUUUGGAUACCACCAGAGCUCACACAGAGAGGAUCCCAGCCAAGCACCAAAACUGAUGUAUGGGAUCUGGGGAUAGUUUUUCUGCAAAUGAGUUUUGGCAAGGACAUAAUGCAGCGGUAUACAUCUGCCAAUGCUCUUAUGCGUGCAAUCGAUCUUUCGAUGCCUUUGGAAGAAAUGCUUGGAGAGAUCUUUAGGCCGGACCCCAAAAAAAGACCUACCGCAUUCCAAAUUCAGCCAUCAGAGUUCCUCCGAAUCAAUGCGCCACUGCUUGAGCCAUCGGUCGCAUCGAAUUCAAUCCCAACCCGAAGACGAAGCCGCCUUGACUCCCAAGCCGCCCUUCCUUCAUUUUCUCGAUAUGGACAGGACUUCGAUGAAGCUGGGCGUCUAGGCAGGGGAGGAUUCGGGCAAGUUGUGAAAGCGCGAAAUAAACUUGACGGCGGGUUUUACGCAAUCAAGAAAAUCUCUUCAAAAUCAGGAAUUGCUCUCAAAGAUACUUUGUCCGAAAUUAUGUUACUAUCAAGGCUUAAUCAUCCAUACGUCGUACGGUAUUUUACUGCAUGGCUCGAACGAGACUGUCACGCUAUUGACGAAGAGGCAGUAUCAUCUACAGAAGCAAAUUCGCAUCAUCCUGAAGACGACGUCGAUUUUGGAUAUAGCGCAAGUGGACUUGACUUCAUAAGCUCAAAGGGGUAUCCUGAUAUAGAAUUUGGUUACGAAAGUGAUGGGCAAGACCACACGGAUAUAGCCUCAGAAGAAUCGGGCCACCAUCGGCCGCAGAGCCCUUCGAAAACAGAUGAAGGGUCAAACCUCCAAAGGCAGAGAUCGGGAUCAUCAUCCCAUAUUGUGACAACUACGCUUUAUAUUCAGAUGGAAUAUUGUGAAAAGCAUACCCUUCGCGAUUUAAUUAGGAACGGAUUAUAUGACGACAUUCAGUUUUCUUGGAGAUUGUUCCGACAGAUUUUGGACGGACUAAGCCAUAUCCAUAGCCAUGGUAUUAUUCACCGGGAUCUGAAGCCGGAUAAUAUUUUUAUCGAUGUUGCGAACAACCCGCGCAUCGGCGACUUUGGCCUGGCUACGACCGGCCAGUUCACAAUGGCAGUUCGAUCUUCAAAUGUUACAGAUAUCGGUGGGAACUAUACCAGGAGUGUAGGCACCACCUACUAUGUUGCUCCUGAAAUGAAAUCAGUGUCGUUAGGCCAGUACAAUGAGAAGGUCGACAUGUAUUCACUUGGUAUAAUAUUUUUGGAAAUGUGUCAUCCUCUCCAGACGGCGAUGGAACGCGAUCGUACUUUACAGAUGGUUAGAGAAAAAGUUCAUACGCUCCCGUCGACAUUCGAGGUACCAGAGAAAGCCAUCCAAGGAGAAAUAAUUGAAUCACUUCUGAGCCACCGUCCAAGUGAACGACCAACCGCAGCAGAACUUCUUCAAAGCGACAAAAUACCGCUACAAGUUGAGGAAGAAAUGUUUCGAAAGGCUAUUAUGGGAAUUCUAUCUGAUCGCAACUCACCGGACUAUAAUAAAAUCCUAUCAGCCAUUUUCUCCCAACCCCCCAGAAAAUUCGAAGACAUCGCGUGGGAUAUGGACGCCCGCGGGACGCCACCUGUUACUGAAGUGUUGCUUCAAAGUCUUGUAAAAGAGAAAUUAUCAUCGAUAUUCCGGAAACACGGCGCUAUUGAGACGACACGCAGCACUCUCUUUCCACGUUCCGAGCACUACCCGUCAGGGGUUGUGCGACUUUUAGACCCGUCAGGCAACCUUGUCCAGCUACCCUAUGACCUCACUCUUCCGAAUGCUCGUUCUAUAUCUAGAUUGGACUCUUCCAUCGAGAAGACCUUCACAUUUGGCACCGUCUAUCGGGAAUCUAUACACGGGGGAGCACCGCGUGGCCAUCAUGAGGUUGACUUUGACAUGAUAUCUCAUAACACUUUGGAUUUGGCGUUAAAAGAGGCAGAGGUCAUGAAAGUUUUGGAUGAAAUUUUGAAUGAAUUCCCUUCCCUGAGGUCAGCCCCGAUGUGUUUCCACAUUAACCACUCAGAUCUCCUGGACGCGAUUUUGUCAUUCUGUCGAAUCAAGCCCCAGCAAAAGCCCCUAGUGAAGGAAAUCAUUAGCAAACUGAACAUCGGGCCGUACUCAAUACAGAAGAUUAGAAGUGAGCUUCGAUCUCCAACUAUCGGGGUCGCUUCUACAUCGGUCGACGACCUUGCUAGGUUCGACUUUCGAGAUAGUCCAGACAAAGCCCUAAAGCGGCUUCGUACCAUCAUGGAAGGAACGGAGUUUACAGACCGUCUCGCCCCGAUAUUCGCCCGUCUAAAUGCCGUGGUGUCGUAUCUUAAAGGAUUCCGCGUGAAGAGAAAGGUCUACGUGAACCCGCUGAGCAGUCUUAAUGAUAAAUUUUUUCGCGGAAGUGUUCUCUUUCAAUGCGUUUCCGAUACUAAACGUCGGGAUGUUUUUGCGGCCGGAGGAAGGUACGACAGCCUGAUUCAAGAAUUCCACCCUAAAGUUCUGUAUUCAGGCAACCAGCGUCAUGCUGUCGGAUUCAACCUCGGAUGGGAAAAACUGUACCUCUCAAUGUCGAACUAUCUGAAAGGGUCAAACAAGGCCUUCCUCAAGCAAGGAGAGACGGAGAUAAGCGGAAUCUGGAGGUCUAGACGGUGUGAUGUCCUCGUCGCUAGUUUCGACCCUUCGGUCCUUCGUACCGUGGGUGUUGGGGUCGUUCAAGACCUGUGGGCGCAUGGGAUAAGUGCUGAACUUUCCGUCGAUGCUUCUUCCCUAGAGGAGAUUAUCACGCGAUAUAAAAAUGAUAAUCAUAGCUGGGUCGUCAUCGUCAAGCAGGAUAGCAUGGAGCGGGGCCUGAAAGUUAAGAAUAUUAGCGCCAAGGAAGAGUAUGAGGUGAGAAGUUCUGAGUUGGCGGCGUGGCUUCUAAGUGAAAUCCGCGUACGAAAUCAACGUGAGCGUCUAACAAAUGCUGGAAAACCCCUGAAACAUCUGUACCAUCGAGAGUCCAGCGUUCUGGCUGGAGAAAAAGAUCCGGAUGUCAGGAUUUUGACCGCGAUCCACCGGAACAAGAAAAUGAACAGGCGAAACAUCAUUGAGGCCGCUAUUCGUGAAUCACGCAGCGUAAUGGACAGAGCGCUUGAUGGACCUAUUGCAGCAAUUGAUACUCGAGACGAUAUUUUGGAAGCCCUCCGGGACAUUCGUCUUUCAGAUCCUGACAGGUGGCGGACUUUGAUACAGAACUGCCCAUUAACGGAAAGGAAGUAUAUGGCUCAGGUGCAUGAAAUGCUCAACGACCUUGCUAAUGAGCGUCGAGACCCUCAGGACGGCAAAGAAAAAUAUAAGAACGCGUUUAUCUACAAUUACCGGACCGGUAGUUGUAUCUAUUAUGAUCUCACACGUAGUAAUGAGAAAUGA